CUCUAACCCAUUACACUGUCUAGUAAGUAACCUCUCUCUCUAACCCAUUACACUGUCUAGUAAGUAACCUCUCUCUCUAACCCAUUACACUGUCUUGUUUUGUAAGUAACCUCUCUUGAUCUCAUUACACUGUCUAGUAAGUAACCUCUCUCUCUCUCACUCAUUACACUGUCUUGUUUUGUAAGUAAUCUCUCUCUUGAUCUCAUUACACUGUCUAGUAAGUAACCUCUCUCUCUCUCUCUAACCCAUUACACUGUCUUGUAAGCUCUCCCUGCUUUUAGCUUACAGACUCUGACUGCCGCUAGGCUGGCUUCCCCAGGCUUCUAUGAGCGGAGCGUAGCAGAGCAGGCUCCUCUCCCUCUCUGUCUCUCCGUCUGUUUUUAAAACUUUUAUCUGCUUGGCAGAGUAGAGCACACUGUCCUACAUCUGUCUUGGGAGAGGGAAGGAAUUACUUGGCCUUGCACCGUACAGACAGCCUGCCUGUGAACCUCCGACUAGCCUGACUUUCUCCCGAGCCUCUAUGGAGCCCUGGGUUCUGUUCUCUCUAUCACUCCUGGUCUACCUGUAUUUGGAGGUGUCUGGAGCUGAAGAUGGGGCCCAGGACCAGAGAGUGCUGGCUGGCCAGGGGAGGAGGAGGAGGAGAGGGCCAGGGGAACCAGGGGGCCCGGAGUUCAACCAGCGCCAGCGAGGAGAGCUAGAAUGGGGGAAGAGGAGGAAGGCAGGAGGGCAGGGGAGAGCCAGGGGGAACAGGGACAAUCAGCGAUCUCAAACCCCCCUGGGUCUGACGAGGCUGGGGAGCCUUCCGGCCAACGCCGGAGGAGACGAUGGAGCGUCUAUUUUCAUUGAGUCAUACAAGAGUGUUGACGAGAGACAGUCUAACUACAAUGUCAUCCCGGGUAAAAAGGGCCAGUGUGUUUACCAGGGCAUCACCAUGUUUGAGCAGGCCGUCUGGUCCCCCAAGCCGUGUGUUACCUGUCUGUGUAGCGGAGGGCAGGUGCUGUGUGACGAGGUCACAUGUCCUCGUCAACGAUGUCACUUCCCCUACACCCCCUCUGGCGAGUGCUGCCCUGUCUGCAUGGACACAGCUUCCCAUGGUGAUGUCCUUGACUUCUCUGGCGAUUCCCCAGUAGCCUACGACCCUGACUCUGUGACCCCUGACCUUGACCCAAUCCUUGACCCCGUGGUGACCCGCACCAAGGCCGAGAUUGAGCUCCUGAAUAGAGAGGAGGAGGAGCGUCUCCUCAAGAAGGAAAAGAGGAGGAAGAAACAGAAGGAGGAGGCGGAGAGACAGCGGAGGCGGCAGGAGGAGAGGAGGCACGAGGAGGAGAGGCUGCGAAUGGAGAAGGAAGAGAGGAGGCAGGAGGAGGCAAGGAGACUCAAGGAGGAGGUGGCCAUGAAGGAGCGGGAGAGGAAGCUGGAGGAGGAGAGGAGAAGACAUGAGGAGGAGCUGAAGGAGAAACUGAGGGAACUAGCAGAGCUGGAAGAGGAAGAAGAGGAGGAGGAAGAGGAGGAGAUGGAGUGGCUGCUGAGAGGAGAUGUUUUCCAAAUGUUUCCAGAUGAGCCGACCGAAGAGGACCUCCUUCCUCCUCCCCUAGCCACGCCCACUGACAGAGAAGAGGAGGAUGGGAAAGGAGUGGUGGUACGUAGACCUGGGAUCACCCUCCCGCUAGGUUGUGACAUCUCUGAUGUCACUGUGACGUGUGAGAACGCUAAACUGACCAACUUCCCUCCUCUCAACAUCCCUGAGCUCAAGUCCCUAAGUCUGGAGGGUAACUCCAUCACAAUCAUCCCGGUGGGGGCGUUCAACGGCAUCCCCAACCUGGAGUCCAUCAACCUGGGAAAGAAUAGGUUGACAACUGCUGGCAUCGCCCCACACACCUUCAAAGGCCUGAAGUUCCUGAGCCGUCUUUACCUGGACAACAACCUCCUAGAGACGGUCCUACCAGACUUCCCAUCAACACUACAGGAGCUGAAGAUCAACGAGAAUCACCUCAAAGGGAUCGAAGAGAACAGCUUCCAAGGUCUGAGCGACCUGUUGACCUUGGAGUUGGAGGGGAAUCUCCUGAGUGAAGGGAACGUUGAUCCUCUAGCUUUCAGACCUCUCUCCCAGCUCUCCUACCUCCGUCUGGGCAGAAACCACUUCAGGACCGUCCCCCAGGGCUUGCCCCCAUCUCUACUGGAGAUUUAUCUUGAGAACAACCUGAUAGAGGAGAUAUCUGACUCUGUCUUCAACCAAACCACUAACCUGAACGUGAUCUCUCUGAGACACAACAGACUGGAGGAGUCCAGGAUUGCACCUCUAGCGUGGAUCAAUCACAAGAACCUGGAGUCCAUUGACCUGGCCUACAACCGCCUGUACCUGGUCCCUUCCUACCUACCCAGAGUUCUAGUUCACCUGGUCUUGGUAGGGAACCAGAUCGAGAGGAUCCCAGGGUUUGUGUUUGCCCACAUGGAGCCGGGCAUAGAGUACCUGUACCUGUCCUACAACAAGCUGGAUGGGGAGGGAGUAGAGCCACAGUCCUUCUUGGGCACCUAUACCUCCAUGACAGAGCUGUGUUUAGACCACAACCAGCUGGUUACGGUUCCCCCUGGUAUCAACCAGAUGAGCACCCUGCACUUCCUACGCCUCAAUAACAACAAAAUCAGGACGUUUGCAGAGGACGCUAUCUGUGACCCCCAGAACGACGAAGACGCUAACAUAUUGACGCUGCGUCUGGAGAACAACUACAUCGACCCCAGGAAGAUUUCAUCCACCGCCUUCUCUUGCGUACGCUCCUACUCCAGCAUCGUCUUGAAACCUCAGUGGACCAAGUAACAUGCCUCUGACAUUGUGGCUGAAUUCCAAACAGACCCCUUAGCCACUUCUCUUUAGGCACUCCUGUAGAUCUGAAAGGUGGAAACAAUAUGGCUACAUUUUCCACACAGCCAAUCAGAAGGAAAGAUCAAGUAAUUACCAUAUUGGUUCAGCCAAUCACAAACGAAGAAGAAUAAGAAGAAUAAAUUGCGAUGAUCCUCUCAGAUCAACAGGAAGUCCACGUGGAAUUCGGCCGGUGUAUUCUGUCUGUUAUUCUGGUAAAAAAACAAAAACUGUCAACGGCCGUGUCCAGAAAUCUGUCAAGUACGGAUUGUUACAGUAUAUCAGGAAAAUGUCACUAAAAUCACCAUCACCAGCCUCCGACUGUGUCUCAAUAUUACUGAGUGAUGCUUACAACCUGUUACACAUGUUAAUGUACUGUCAUGUAAAAGGUCUGAUGCUUACAGCCUGUUACACAUGUUAAUAUACUGUCAUGUAAAAGGUCUGAUGCUUACAGCCUGUUACACAUGUUAAUAUACUGUUAAAGUAAAAGGUCUGAUGCUUACAGCCUGUUACAUGUUAAUAUACUGUCAAGUAAAAGGUCUGAUGCUUACAGCCUGUUACAUGUUAAUAUACUGUCAAGUAAAAGGUCUGAUGCUUACAGCCUGCUACAUGUUAAUAUACUGUCAUGUAAAAGGUCUGAUGCUUACAGCCUGUUACAUGUUAAUAUACUGUCAAGUAAAAGGUCUGAUGCUUACAGCCUGUUACACAUGUUAAUAUACUGUCAAGUAAAAGGUCUGAUGCUUACAGCCUGUUACACAUGUUAGUAUACUGUCAAGUAAAAGGUCUGAUGCUUACAGCCUGUUACACCACAUGUUAAUGUACUGACAAGUAAAAGGUCUGAGGGAAACAUUCUGCUAUGUAAACGCACUUUAUGUACCUUCCAUUUCUUAUUCAUAUUUUAUUAUUAAUUAAACUGUUUUACCAUGGAUGGAAACUGUC